AUGACUGCAAAAGUUAGAGCUAUCGGCUUAGAUUCCGAGAUAGCUAACAAUGUGGAGUCACAAUUUGACGAUAACAAAGUGGUGUUUCUGUCAUGGGUCCAAAAACGUUCUUUCAAGACCCACCAAUGGAAUAAACGCUGGAUGGUCCUUCGAAAUUGCCAGCUAAGCUACUAUAAGAAAAGCUCCGAACAUAAGCCAAGCAAGGUGCUCAACAAGUCCGAAUUGUUGGCUUUCAGUGACGUUCAAGAUCCCCACAAGGAGCACGAGAAUCAUUUUGCAAUCUAUACUAGUAGCCGUGUGUACCACUUUCGAGUGGAAAGCAAAGAGCUACAAGACAGCUGGAUGAAGGCGUUGGAAAGCGUUGUGAAACAGUAUGAGGACGAUUCGAACGAGGAGGAAGAGCACGAGACGGUCGCUAGUCAUUUAUCUCAUCUACUGAUGGACAGAAGAGAGGAAGAAUAUGUCGUUGAACAAGGCGAGCUUCGAAAACUUCGAAAGCGUUAUAGCCAGUGGAGAAAGCUAUAUGUUGUUGUGACGAACAAGGCCAUUUACUUCUGCAAACUGAAGGAGCAGAAAGACAAAGCAUACAAAAUAAUUAGCAUGGACAAAGUCAUGGACGUUAUUGAAGUUGACGCCACGAGGGGAAAGAGUUGGUGUCUCAUGGUGAUAACCCCUAUGAAACGAAUAUACUUGGGCGCUCUGAGCGAACAGGAUAUGACGAAAUGGCUCUCCGCGAUCAAAGCUGUCGUAUUGCUGAAGAGACGAGUUUGA